AUAGCCACUUGGCGGAGACGUCGAGUGGGAACUUGUUUAGUUGCCGCUGCGUGUUUUGUAAUUUCUGCGGAACUAGCCGACAUCCUGGAUGUGAAUCUGUUUUCCGGAUUAUUUCUUACAACCUUGUGAAUAUUGCAUUCGCAUAUGAACAGAACAAUACAAUACUAAUGCAGUGUUAGCAAACAUCAUGUCUAAGAAACUGAGCAUCGAAUCGUUGACGAAAAAAUUGAAGAAUGUUGCAAACACACAAGACAGCAUUCCGAUGUUUUCAUUGUGGAUAAUUCACCAUAAAGUACAUUGUGAAUUGAUUGUAAACACAUGGCUGGAAAUAUUGAAAACAUCCAAUACGAAACACCGAUUAACUUUAUGGUAUCUUGCAAACGAUGUCAUACAAUCUUGUGGACGAAAGAAAGCUGAUGUUUUCAAAGACUAUUUUGCAAAUAUCUUGCCUGAAGCUAUUGCAUUUCUGAGAGACAAGACUAUAUUACCAGGAGUUGAAAGAGUUUUAAAUGUAUGGAGCAGUCGUAACAUUUACGACACUGAAAUUAUUGAUCAGCUUCAUGCUGCACUGCUAACAAACAGGCCUCCUGAUAAACUGAGACAAAAACUCUUAGCAGAGUAUAAGCCAUCUUUAUUAAUGGAUACAAUAUCUGCCUUCAAGAAGAGAGAAGACAUUGUUCUAUUUGAUGAAAAACAUUUAAAAAAUGUGCGAGUUGAUGCAUCAUGCUCAGAUGAUAUUCAUAAAUUAAAAGACAAAGUUGGUGGUGAAAUAUUUUCGAGAAAUUUUGAAGAAUCUGCUAUGAAUAUUGAACGAUUUAUGAGCGAGUAUGAACAAUAUGUCGAAGAAAGGAAAAAACUUGUCGACAGUUUAACACAAGGAGCUAUGUUUUAUAGAGCGCAAUACCAUGAAGCAAAAAUCGUUGUUAAUGCAUAUCAAAGUUUUGAUGCUCGCGUCAGUAAGAUGAAAAAAUUACUCGAUCAAGUAAAACUAAAAUUUUCUCCACAAACUCCUCCCCAAGAAUCACCAACGUAUAAUGAUGUUGCGGAUAUGGAUAUGUCGGAUUCUGAUCAAGAACUAGGAAACAAACCUUCUAAAAUAGUGUCUGUGGAUACCAACACAAUGAGACAAAAUCCAAUCAGGCCAACCACAAUAGCGGCAUCUGUUGUUGUCACGCCUAUUAUAAAACCAACAAUCAAACAGCCAAGUGGAACGCUUAUCAAGAGACCAGGUAUGAGAGGAGCGUCCACUUCAGUAUCUAUCUUCAAACAAGAAUUGCCAAUUCCAAAAUCAUCUAUCCAAUCCACUCCCACAAAAACCAACUUUCCUAUUUCCUUCAAUGGCUCAAUAAAAACUGGUUUCGAUUCUAAAAUCAGUACUCCAUCCGCCUCUCCCCCCUCCCCCGAAGGGUCACCAGAACUGAAUAUAUCGAGCCCCCCUCGCCAUCAGAGUCUCGAAUCAAGACUCGCUGACCUUUUUAGCGGGAACGCUAAAGUUAAUUUAUCUACUCGACUCGAGAAUACAGGGAGCGAAAGUGACACAGAUUCUAUAACUAACAUUUCAACAAAAAAAGAUUCUUCAUCGAAAACAGAAAAUGUCGAACAAUUUGCGUCCGGUGGUAACUUAGUGACGGAUAGUGAUGAUCGCCAAAUCACAUUGCCGCAAUCAAGCCAUGAUGACAUAAUAAGAACAAAUUCUCCAUCUAUCAUUACAUCACAAUCUUCCUGGCAAAACGACAAGUAUGUUUCCACGGCAACAACAAUCGAAGAUGAAUCAUGGCAAAAUACAAUACCCGUUAUCGGAGGAUCGGGAAAUCGCCUCACUGCUCCGUCGCAAAAUAGAAGUUUUAUGGGAAAUCUUCAUCUAGUGCUUGAUGGUAGCUCAACGCCUGUUCAGGAUGAACUUUUAUCUGAUGGGGAAAAUUUUCAAUCCGCGCUAAUGAAAACGUCACCUGUCCAAAAAGAAUCUUUAUUGCCACCUCCUUCAUUCAGUGGUGAUGCGUUGAAUUUUUUAACCCAGUUCAUGGGACAGAAAACUAACACAGUAUUGUCACAAGCAAACGAAAUAUCACAAAAUGAUUGGGAUUCUGCUACUGCUACUGCUACUACUACUACAGCUUCGCAGCCAACGCCAACAAAAAGCAAAAAUAUUUUACAAAACUUAGGAAUCGAUUGGAAUUCUAUUCAAAACAUAACAAGUACUGUGAAGUCACAAUCCAAUUCAUCCUGGCCACAAGAGAAAGCUUCGACAACAAACAGCAAUCAACAAAACCAGUCAACUUCUCAGCUUAGCGAUCGUGAUACUGAUUAUAGAACGUCAAAAUCAGGAAAGCGUCCAACAAACAUUGAUUUGAACGACAAUUUCACUGCGGAAAAAGAAGUUGAAUAUUUUACUGAAAGUUUGAAGGAAGUUGGCCGUGACAAUUUAUUAACUUUAACUCCUACUUCGGCUGCAGAGCCCGCAAAUCAGUUUAUGGAUAUAUUAAAGAAAAAAUCAUCUGAACAGACUCCAAGCUUUGCACCCAUGUCUGAUGAAGUCAUCGUUGAAGAAGAAGAAAUAAUAGUGGAGGAAGAGAAUAGCAAUAGUGGAAAACGAAACCAUGAACAACACAACGAACUCAACAACCAAAAUGAAGUUAAUUCUAAUAAUUUAGAUACUGUUCGGCCAAAUUUUAAUGAGUUACAUGGCCCACCAAUUGGGAACAACUUUCAACCUCAGAAAAGGCAUUUAGAGGAACCAAAAAUGCAGGAUGGUUACAAUUUUAAAUCCGGAUUGAGACCAUCAUUUCAGCCCCAUGUUCGGGCCCCUCAAAGACCCCCUUUUAGUUCUAAUGAUCAUAGGCCACCAUUCCGUGGGAACUUUCGCCCACGGGGUCCACAUACAGGCGAAAGAUUCCGUAUGAGACCCCCAGUCCGAAGGCCUUCUGGGUCAUGGAAUAAAAAUCAUGAUGUUGACUUUCGACCCCGCCCCAGGCAACCCCACCCAGCUGUGCUUGAGGAAGAAUAUUAUGAUAUGUUAUAUGAUGAAUUAAAACCCAAAUUUCGUCGCGGAGAAAACAUGCCUGGCCGAUUUUUGAAUAGAAUGCCCCAUCGUUAGUAUCUGUUGUUUUUAUUUCUAAUAUUACCAUAUAAGGUAAUUUUGCGAUGUUCACUUUUUCAGUCAUCCUGAAAUUUGCUUUUUUGUGUCCCAAGAAUCUUAAUUCACGUCAUGUAAUUUAUAGGAGUCAAUUCCUCUGACAAUAUUCUCUUUAUAAAAUCUAUGAAGUCACUGUUUGGUCACAUAUAUAUUCAAUGUUAACAAAUAUUUUGCUCAGUCGGUGCUAUUUUGAAAAUUUAUAAUCAUUUUUCUCCAGUCAAGAUGCACUAAAAGAGUAUUCAGAAAGCGUUUAUAUGAAUUUGGAAUAGGUUAUUUUUUCGAAAUGAAGAAUGUAUUGCUUUAAUGAUUUAACGAAGUAAUGGGAUAGGAGAUGGUACAAUCCAGACCCUUCUGAAAAAUCAAGGUUUAUAUUGUACCAAGUAUUUUGAAACUACAAAAAGUUUUCAAGUCUUUCUUUUUUUCGUUCUUUCACAGAGAAAUUGACAUUUUACACAGCGAUUUCAUGGUGUGCGUGAAACAUGCACUUUAUUGUUCAAAGCAUUCAUUUAUUUCUGAAAAAAAAUUCUAUGAUGUACAAAUGAUUUCACAUGCAACACGUUGUUGAAUCUUUCAAUGCUAAUAAUAUUGUCCGCGAGCACUUGAUUCAUUAUAAUGUUGGUCUGAUUACAGGAAGAGUAAUACAACAGCUGCAUUGGCUUAGUCGUUGGCUCAUGCUUCCUGUUUAUGGUGUCUCAAAAGAAUCCAUUUUCAAUUCUGGAUUUGGUUGGAAAAUUAGAGUUUGAAAAAUGUUUUAUUUGAAAUUAAUAUUUCGUUGGAAUUGUGCUUGUCUGCAAGUUGCAUAUUUCUUUUAUACUCGCAUUGUUCAGAUACUAAUCUGUUAAUGUGAUACUUUGAUUGUUUUGUUCGAUUUUAACUCAAUCUGACAACGUUUGAGAAUCAGUUGCUUUUAAUUUU